AUGGUUUAUAAUUAGAAGCGUGUGGCUUCUUUGGUCAAUUUGGGAUGUUUUUCUUGGUCAGUUUGGGAUGUUUGAAUAAUGUAAAAUAUGCCAAGAAUGAUUGAUUGGUCAAGACAAGCUGUUUGAAUGUCAGAACAUCUAUUAGGUUUCAUUCAUAUUUCAUCUGAUUUUUAUUCAUACAUAGAAAUCUCUGGAGGAAGAUUUCUUGCAAACACAUAGAGAGGAAAGAUGGGUAUUUUUUACUUUCCGUGCUUGCUUUUUUUAACCAUGUUCUCAAGUUAUGGCUUUGCAGAUAUAACCACAUCGAAUCCUUUGUCAAUAAGACAAACUCUGAGCUCUCCAGAUGGAUCCUUUGAACUAGGAUUCUUCAGUCCUAACAGCUCUCAAAAUCGUCAAUAUGUUGGAAUCUGGUUCAAGGGAGUCACUCCUCGGGUUUAUGUUUGGGUAGCUAACAGAGAAAAUCCAGUCACGAGCUCCACGGCCAAUCUUACAAUCAGCAGUAAUGGAAGUCUCAUCUUGCUUGAUGAUAAACAAAAGACUCUCUGGUCAUCUGGAGAAGAAGUUCUCACAUCUAACGAAUGUCGUGCCCAGCUUUCAAACUCCGGAAAUCUUGUUGUCAUAGAUAAUGUUACUGGAACAUAUCUAUGGCAAAGUUUUGAGCAUCCUACUGAUACUAUGCUUCCUCUGUCAUCGCUUAUGUAUGAUAUUCCUAACAACACGAGGCGUGUGUUGACUUCUUGGAAGAGCAACACAGAUCCAUCUCCUGGGGAGUUUCUAGCAGAGCUUACUCCAGAGGUUCCACCUCAAGGACUUGUAUGGAAAGGCUCAUCACCUUAUUGGAGAAGCGGGCCAUGGGUGGAAACAAGGUUCUCAGGGAUACCAGAAAUGGAUAAAACAUAUGUAAAUCCAUUGAAAAUGGUCCAAGAUGUGGUGAAUGGCACAGGAGUUUUGACUUUUUGUGCACUAAGAAAUUUUGAUGUGUCAUACAUCAAGCUAACGUCAGAUGGAUCAGUGGAUAUUCAUCGUACUAAUGGUGACACCACCGGGUGGAUUAAGCAUUUCGAAGGUCCUCUAAGGUCAUGUGAUCUCUACGGUACUUGUGGACCUUAUGGUUUGUGUAUGAGGUCCAUGAGUACUCCAACCUGCAAAUGCGUGAGAGGGUUUGUGCCAAAGUCAGAGGACGAGUGGAACAGCGGAAACUGGACUCGUGGGUGUGUGAGACGAACAGAGUUAUCACCUUGUCAGGGAAAUUCUUCUUCGACGACACAAAGCAAAGACACAACAGAUGGAUUUUAUCGUGUUGCCAAUAUGAAGCCUCCGGAUGCUUACGAAUUGACAAGCUUUGGUGAUGCAGAACAAUGCCGUCAAGGAUGUCUUCGCAACUGUUCUUGCUCGGCGUUUGCCUAUAGUAAUGGAAUUGGAUGCUUAGUGUGGAACCAGGAGCUAUUGGACAUGGUUCAGUUUUCUGAAGGAGGAGAAUUUAUUUCCAUCCGCCUUGCACGUUCUGAGUUAGCUGGAAGCAAGCGAAUCAAGAUCAUUGUUUUUAGCACUAUCAGCCUCUGCGUGUUUAUAAUCUUGGUGCUUGCGACAUUUUGUUGCUGGAGAUACAGACUAAAACAAAAUGGUGAAGCUCGUGUAGCCAUGGAGAUUUCAGAAGAUUCAUGGAAGAAUAAUUUGAAAUCACAAGAUGUCUCAGGUUUAAAUUUCUUUGAGAUGCAUACCAUACAAACUGCGACGAAUGAUUUCAGCAUCUCAAAUAAACUUGGUCAAGGUGGAUUUGGAACAGUUUAUAAGGGGAAACUAAAAGAUGGGAAAGAAAUAGCUGUAAAACGCCUUUCUAGCAGCUCUGGAGAAGGAACAGAGGAAUUCAUGAACGAAUUAAAACUCAUCUCAAAACUACAACACAGAAACUUGGUUCGGCUUUUAGGAUAUUGCAUUGAAGGAGAAGAGAAAAUAUUGGUUUAUGAGUUUAUGGUGAACAAAAGCCUCGAUACUUUUCUCUUUGAUAUGAAGAAGAAGCUGGAGAUCGAUUGGCCUAAGAGAUUCAAUAUCAUUCAAGGUAUUGCUCGUGGACUCCUCUAUCUCCAUCGCGACUCAUUCCUCAGAGUUGUACAUCGCGAUCUUAAAGCCAGCAAUAUUCUCUUGGACGAGAAGCUGAAUCCAAAAAUAUCGGAUUUUGGGUUGGCUCGGAUGUUUCAAGGAACUCAAAAUCAAGACAACACUAACAGAGUAUUUGGAACUUUGGGAUACAUGUCUCCAGAGUAUGUGUGGACAGGAACAUUCUCUGAGAAAUCUGACAUUUAUAGCUUUGGAGUUUUGAUGCUAGAAAUCAUCAGCGGAAAAGAGAUAUCUAGCUUUAGCUGUGGAGAAGAAGACAAAAACCUUCUUGCAUGUGCAUGGGAAUCAUGGAGUGAAACCGGAGGAGUAGAUCUACUGGAUUAUGACAUUGCUGAUUCUGAGUCAGAUUCAGUUGAAGCAGUGAUGAGAUGUGUUCAGAUAGGUUUAAUGUGUGUUCAACACCAAGCAAUGGACAGACCAAACAUCAAACAAGUGGUGACAAUGCUGACGUCGACAAUGGAUCUUCCAAAGCCAAAACAACCUAUGUUUGUUUUAGAUACAAGUGACGAGGAUUCUCUGUCUCUUAAGUCUAAUGAUCAUAAGGACUUGUUCUCUGAUGAUGAAAACAUACCGGCUCAGGAGAAACCCUAGACUCCAUGAGUAUUAAACCAGUUCCAUAUAUGGUUCAAUGUAGAUCCAAAUGUAACUGAAAUCGUUCAAUGCAAAUAAGAAUGUAAACUGGCUUUAAACAAAAUUUAAAUAACUUGGAUUAUUGACGAAUAACAGGAAUGGUGUGUAUGUUAUUAA